CAUUCAGAUGUGCGGAAUGUCGUUGUCUGAGGCAGAUGACCAAUAAGCAUGCUUGAUCACGCUUUCAUCUAAAACGACGUGUACCCAGAGCUCAGCUUGAUCAUCUUGCUGUCUGGUGCUUCCUCCCUGAACAAUCAAUGAUUUUUUGCACCUGAAGAGACAACAGAUUUUUUCCAGAAGUAAGGACGAUCUUCUGCAGUUCGAUGUGAUUUCCAGACGAUGUAGCUGAAACUCUCCUGAACAUGUAGAGGCUAUGGAACAGCGCUGUUGGCAAGCUAACCUUGUCACACAUACAAGGGACCUCUGAAAGGUCAGGGACAUCACAUGGCUGCCACGGAGGGCACUGGUGUCCAGCCUAGAGCUUCCACCUCAACAUCACCAGGCACAAAUGUCAUCGUCUCAUCUGGGAGCGUCCAGCAGGAUGCCUUCGACAGUGACGACUUUGAUGCCGUGGCAUACAUCAAUGAGAUGUUCCCAACAGAAAAUAGCCUUGGUGGCUUGGACCCCCUCAUCGGCAACUUGAAGCAGAAGAUCAGGAAAGUGGACCAGGAGAUCCUUGUAGCUGUGCGCCAGCAGAGCAGCUCUGGCAGCCGCGCAAGGCAGGAUCUAACGGCGGCGAAGGCGGCGAUCGAGGAGCUGUUUGGCAAGAUCGGGGAAAUUCGGCGCAAGGCGGAGGCCAGCGAGGUGAUGGUGCAGGAGAUUUGCAGGGACAUCCGCAAGCUGGACUUUGCCAAGACCCACCUCACUCACACCAUCACCGCCCUGCGCCGACUGGCCAUGCUCGUCAACGCAGUGGAUCAGCUGCAGCGGGCAGUGGAGAGGGGCGAGUACGCGGAAGCUGCGCGGCUGCUGGAAGCCGUCCAGCAGCUGGCCGCCCACUUCGCCUCCUUUGGCUCCGUUCCCAAGGUGGCGGAGCUGAGUGGGCGCGUAAGCGCGCUGCAGAUGAGCCUGCAGCUGUCGGCGAUGCGCGAGUUUGAGCUGCUGGGCACGGGCGAAGACAAGCCCAACCCGCUGCUGCUCGAGCGCCUGCGCGCCUGCUGCCUCGUCAUCGACGUCCUUGGGUUCAAGGCGCGGGAGGAGUUGAUAGAGAGCGUGUGCCACAAGGAGGUCGGCGUCUACCAGCAGAUUUUCAGCACCACCGGCGAAACAGCGCAGAUCGAGCGCACAGAGCGGCGGUACGGCUGGCUGCGGCGGCGGCUACGGGCCAAGGCGGAGAUCUGGGCAAUAUUCCCCGAGUCCUGGCGCCUGCCGCAGCGCAUGUGCCUGCAGUUUGCGCAGGUCACCCGCGCACACCUCGCAGAAAUCCUUGACAACAAGGCGGCAGAGCUGUCGAACAGUGUGGAGGCGCUGCUGGUUGCGGUAAAGGCGACCAACGAUUUCGAGCAGGAGAUGGCCAAACGCUUCGGCGGCGGCGGCAGCGGCGACUCAGUUGCAGACGAGGACGAGGAGCGGAGUGAGGGCUACGAGGGGGACGAUCACAGCCCGGCCAGCCGGGUGCGCCAGCGCUACGAGCGCAUGUUCAAGGAGCGCGAAGCCGGCGGGGGCGGAGGGGAUGCCUCGUCCGAGGACGAGGCCGCCCGGGCCGCGGCCGCCGCGCGCGACGCCGCCAACGCCGGCGCCCGCACCGCCUUCCACGGCGCCAUCUCUUCGGUCUUCACCAAGCAUUUGAGGGUGUACAUAGAGGCGGAGGAGAAGGGGCUGCGCGAGACGCUGGAGGCGCUGAUCCGUGAGGAGAGCUGGAAGCCGAUGGAGGACGCGGCGCAGACCAACGUGCUGCGCUCUGCUAGCGAGCUGUUUGGCGUGAUCAAGAAGUCGCUGCACCGGUGCGCGCGCUUCGUCAGCCGCGGGGAACCCAUGCUGCAUCUCAUGGGCGCCUUCCAGAGACUACUGCGCAUGCAGGCGGGUGCAGGCACGCAGGACUGGUACAUAAAGCUGAAUGACGAGGAUGUUGUGGUGGUGUGCACAAUCAUAGCCACGGCCGAGUACUGCAUCGAGGUCGUCGGCGCGCUCGGCCGCUCCGUCGCCAAAACCAUCGACCCGCCCUUCGGCAACAAGGUGAGCGUGGCGGAGGAGGAGGAUGAGUUCCAGCUGGUGGUCACGGCCUGCCUCUCCGUCCUCAUCCUAGGCUGCGAAACCAAGCUCGACGCCGCCCUGCUCACCAUGACGCGCAUGCCCUGGGCCUCCCUUGAAGCGGUGGGAGACCAGAGUGAUUUUGUUACGAUGUUCAGCCGCGUCUUAGCCGAGACGGCGCCGCGCGUGGGCCCGGCUCUGAGCGCGCUGCACUUCCGCUACUUCUGUGACAAGCUCGCUGUCUCCUUCUGCCCGCGCUUCAUCGAGUACAUCUUCAGGUGCCGGAAGGUGAGCGAAGCUGGCAGCCAGCAGCUGCUUCUAGACACCCAAGCCAUCAAGGCCCUGCUCCUUGACUUCCCCUCCGCAGGUCAAUUCUCUGCGGUGCAUGCAAGCUUCUCGGGGCACGUGGCGCGCGAAAUGGGCAAGGCGGAGGCGCUGCUCAAAGUCAUCGGCAGCCGCCCAGAGAAUCUGGUUGACAACUUCUUCACCCUCAUGCCCUCCGGAUCCCCAGCAGACUUCCAGCGCAUCCUUGAGCUCAAGGUGGCACGUUUACCUGCUCAAAUGCUCCAGUGUUGCCAAAAAAUGCCUUGCAAUCAAUUGCCUAUCGGGUAG